CAUGCGCGAGCUGUGAAGAAAGAAAAGCCUUGGGCGGCGCCAUUUUGCCGGGGCUUUUUCUGAGGGGAGAUUUCUAGAGGCGGCGGAGGAGCAACAGCAGCGGCAGCAGCGGCGGCGGAGAGCGCGUCGUGCUGCUCCCGAGGGUCGGACAAGUGAAGGGGGAGAGAACCACCACCGCCACCAUCUUGGCGUUCAGGGCAUCCGACGGGGCCGGCCGGGCGAGGCCUGAACGGAGCCUCCCGUCGCAGCCGCCGGCAGAGUCGCCAAACAAGCCGGGCGAGCCUCGACCCCGACGGUUCUGGGCACCGGAGAUGGCCGCGCAGUCAGCGCCGAAAGUCGUGCUUAAGAGCACCAGCAAGAUGUCUCUUAACGAGCGCUUUACUAAUAUGCUGAAGAACAAACAGCCGAUCCCGGUGAAUAUUCGCGCCACAAUGCAGCAGCAGCAAUUAGCCAGUGCCCGAAACCGGAGGCUGGCCCAGCAGAUGGAAAACAGGCCUUCCGUCCAGGCUGCCUUGAAACUCAAGCAGAAGAGCCUGAAACAACGACUGGGCAAAAGUAACAUCCAGGCACGUUUAGGCCGGCCGGCGGGAGCCCUGGCUCGUGGGGCCUUAGGAGGACGGGGGCUGCCGAUGGGGCAGAGAGGAUUUCCCCGGGGCGCCAUGCGCGGGGGACGCGGAGCGCGGGGGCUGCUGCGCGGAGGAAUCCCCCUGCGAGGACAUAGUUUGCUUCGGGGAGGCCGGGGGCUCGGUCCCCGGAUGGGGCUGAGGAGAGGAGGCAUGAGAGGCCGGGCAGGGCCCGGCAGGGGCGGCCUUGGCCGAGGAGCCAUGGGACGGGGCGGCCUUGGCCGAGGUCGCGGCAUGGCCGGUCGGGCCAGGGGCGGCUUCGGGGGCCGCGGAAGAGGCCGAGGUCGAGGCAGAGGCGCCACACGCCCGGCGCUGACCAAGGAGCAGUUGGACAACCAGCUGGACGCUUACAUGUCGAAAACGAAAGGACACCUGGACGCUGAGCUGGAUGCUUACAUGGCUCAGACAGACCCGGAAACCAACGAUUGAGACUGGGGAAGGAAAAGGGGGGGGGUGUUAAUGCUUGUUGGGGCGGGGUUGUCGAUUGCUCCUCCCCCUCACGGGCGACCACGGAUGCCACCAGCUCCUCCUCCUGCCCGGGGGGGGGGGGGGGCUGCGCUGCGAGGCAGAAACGUAGAAAGCCAGGAGCUUUUCUCUUUGAAAUGUUUCCUUCCCUUUUUUACGUUUCGACGCUCCCCGUUGUGUGAUCGCAUAUUGGGGGGGGGUGGGGGGGUGGAAGACCCCUUUCUAACGGCCUCUAAACAGGGGUGUCUGAACAGCUGUUGCUCCCCCUUUUCAUUAGCAAAGCAGCAUCCCCCCCAAUCUUCGCCCUGCAGUGGAGCAACAUCGCAUGUCUUCCCCCUCUUUCUCUCCCCAAACAACUUGCCCUCGGGUGGGGGGAGGAAGGGGGCUGAAUCCCAGACCCCCCCACACACACUUUCCCAUGUCCCAACGGGCCGUGCUGUGACUCCCAGGGUGGCAGGACCCUUCUCCACCCCCCCGAGGAGAAAAAUAACUAAAAAUUAGGCCCCAAAUUUGAUUUUUCUAAACCCCAAACGAUCCCAGAAGGAAGCCCGAGAGGCGUUUUAUUUUAUUUGGGUUGUUUUUAAUGGCGACAAAACUAAUGUGGGUUUUUUUUUUCGAGGGGGGGGGGCUUGGUGGGUUCGGGUUGCCAAGGAGAUGGUUGCUCUUCCUCUCUCUCCCUCACCCCCCCACCCCACCCCACCCCACCCUCGCUCUCUGCAGUUUUGUGUUCCGAACGGCCUCUUGUAAAACAUCCCGAUUUUCUGUAAGGAAACAAUUCAUUGCAGGGGAAAUGAAAACUUGGACUGUG